AUGAAACCCAUCAAAUCUUCACAAACCCUUUUCAUUUCUUCUCGAUUCCACAACGAUGAAGACGAUUUCCAAACCCCAUCUCAAUCUUUACCACUCACCCGAAAAAUCCCCGUUUCAUCACACCCAAUCAAAUCAACCGUCACUCGACCAUCCAAAAAGCCGAAAAAGACUCACAUUUACCCCGGUAAAGAGAAUCUUGAAAACCCCUCUUCUGAUUUGGGUCUUGAAUCCAUCAAGCCGACUGCUUUUUGCGACGUCGAUGAAGGGGUUCCAGUUAUUUGUAAAGAAAGUAAUGGAAACCCUCUGUCUAGUUUGGGUUUAAAAUCCAUCAAGCCGACUGAUUUUCGGGAUGUCGGUGAUGGGGUUUCUUUUAUGGGUGAAGAAAUUCUUGAAGACCCACCAUCUGAUUUGGGUUUAGAUUCCAUCAAGCCGACUGUUUUUUGUGACUUCGAUGAUCGGGUUUUGGAUACGGGUAAAGAGACACUUGAAACUCCCUCUUCUGAUUUGGGUUUACAAUCCAUCAAGCCGACUGCUUUUUCUGUCGUCGAUGAUGGAGUUUUGGAUAUGGGUAUUGACAAAAAGGUGGAAUCGAAAAGGGGGUUUGGUUAUUUAUCAAAUUCGAUUGAAAGUAGGUUGUUGAGAUCAAAAGCUGACUGCAGUUCAGGUGUUUGUGAAAAUGCUUGUGAGAAAGUGAAUGGAGAUGGAGACGAAGAAUUUGAGGAUGACCAGGAGGGUGGUACGACACAGCUAGAUUUGUUACUGGAUUUGUGUUGUUCUGAUAAAGAAGAAGAAGAAGGGAGUGAAGCGGGUGAUGAUGUGGAUGUCGGUUUUAUUAGUUGUCCGAUUUGUGAAGCUGAUAUCUCUAAUUUGAGUGAUGGGUUGAGACAAGCUCAUACGAAUGAGUGCCUUGACAAAGAGCAGGCUAAUGAUCAUGUAGAGAUACAUGAUAGUGAACAUGUUAUGGCAUCUCCUGGCCAUGUUUUUGAUGAUCGCCCAAUUGGAGCACCUGAACAAGUUCUUGGCGACUCUUCUUGUCAAGCUCUUGGCCAGAUUCAUGACGUUUCUCCUAUUUCAGCAUGGUUGCAAAAGCUCGGACUAUCCCGUUAUGAAGAAGUUUUCAUUCGUGAAGAAAUCGAUUGGGACAGUCUAAAGUGGCUGACUGACGAGGAUCUAUGCAAAAUAGGUAUUACUGCUCUUGGCCCCCGGAAGAAGAUUGUUCACGCUCUUAGUGAACUGAGAACAGAAGAUUCUGAGGAAGCCAUAUUACCUGAAAAAUAUUCAGAGAAGGAGAUUAAAGUAGCCCCAAAUAAGUUGAUAACAGAUUUCUUUCCGGGCUUUACUGGGAAAUUGAAAAAAGGUUGUAUUACUGGGGCACAGGUUGGAAAAACCAACUCAAAUAAUAAUAAACGUAAGGUUAACACAAACUUCACAAAUAAAAGGCACCGAGAUAUACCCUCAUGGUGUUCAAUAGCUGGAACACCAUUUCGUGUGGAUGCAUUUAAAUAUUUACGAAUGGAUUGCAGCCACUGGUUCCUUACUCACUUCCAUGCAGAUCAUUAUGGAGGUCUUACGAAGUCUUUCUGCCAUGGGAAGAUUUACUGCACCUUAAUUACAGCAAAACUUGUAAAUUUUAAGAUUGGAAUUCCAUGGGAAAAGAUCGAAAUUUUACCCCUGAACCAAAAGAUUACCAUUGCAGGAGUUGAUGUAACAUGUUUUGAUGCUAAUCACUGUCCAGGUGCCGUCAUAAUUCUAUUUGAACCACCAAAUGGUAAGACAAUUCUACACACAGGAGAUUUCCGUUUUAGUGAGGAUAUGACAAAGAUCUCUAGUUUGCAGAUGCGUGUGCAUACUCUCAUCUUAGAUACCACCUACUGUAACCCUCAGUAUGACUUCCCAAAGCAAGAAGCUGUAAUCCAAUAUGUUUUGGAGGCAAUCCAAGCUGAAGCAUUUAACCCAAGAACAUUGUUUCUGAUCGGAAGCUAUACAAUUGGAAAAGAGAGGGUAUUCAUGGAGGUAGCUCGCGUUCUUCGUAAGAAAAUAUAUGUUACUGCAGCAAAGAUGCGAGUUUUAGAAUGCCUGGGAAUGCCCAGGGAAGAUAUGCAAUGGCUAACCACGGAUGAAAGGGAGAGCCACAUUCAUGUUGUGCCUAUGUGGACCCUUGCAAGUUUUAAAAGAUUGAAACAUGUGUCUAACAUGUAUAUGGGUAGAUAUAGUCUUAUAGUUGCUUUCUCUCCGACUGGUUGGUCAUUUGGUAAAGGAAAGAAAUCAUCCCCAGGAAAGAGGUGGCAGCAGGGUACUAUUAUAAGAUAUGAGGUGCCAUAUAGUGAGCAUAGCAGUUUUACAGAACUCAAAGAGUUCGUGAAGUUUGUUUCUCCUGAAUAUAUCAUCCCGAGUGUAAAUAAUCACAGCAGGGAGAAUGCAAACAAGAUGAUUUCUUUAAUAUCAUCUUAACGCACCAUACUAGUUUUCCCACUCUCAAAUACCAAUGUUAAUGCCAGGAGGCUAAUUUAAUUGGAAGCUCGAACCAUUCUCAGUGAGAUCUUGCGACCCAACAUAUUCUAUAAAUCUACAUGUGACACAAGGCUCUGUUCAUCUCGUGUCUGAAACUGAAGUAGAGGGAGUCAUCAGCUUAUGAUAUUAUGUUUGAUGUUCAAAGGCCUCAAAUGAGUCACAAAAAGGCUAUGUGGGCUCUGUAUUUAAGUUCUUCCAACUACUAGGGUGCAUUAUUGGUUGAUUUUGCAACCUGGUCAUGCAUCUUCUUAAUUGUAUAUUUAUAUUUUGAAAAACACAGUAUGUUGGUUUAUAGAGA